AUGUUCAACUCUUCAGACACGGUUUUUUCAUUGAAUAAUAUAUUUUAUGAAAGACCAGAUACAAGGCAAAGGUAUCUAGAAAAUGAAGAGCCUAAGAUUUGGUGUAUUGCACCUGCUCCAGCUAUUGCUGAAAUUCCAGCUGCAGAGGAGUUACAGAGGGAACUGGAAAAACAUACCACCAACACUCAUCUGGGAGGGAGAAAGCAUGAGAAGUUUAUACAACAACGUAAGACUAAAGCUGAGGAAGUAAAUGAACAGUCACCAGCACCUGUUCAUUUUGGCAUAGACUCUGCAAAAGAAGUGCUCCAAUUAAGUGUAGGAGAAAGAGAAAAAAUUAGUUUUCAGUGUGAAAGUCUGAAAAUGGUUUUAUUGUUUCUCUCUUCAGACCAAGAUAAAUCUAAAACAGGAACGGGGGUUUCUCAGCAAGCUGGUGCAAAUUUUUCCCAAAAUAAAAUACUAAGCAACCUUCCAGCAAACAGUAAUGAUGAAAGUGUCCAUUCAACACUAAGAAAAAGCUUAUUUAACAUGUCUGGUUAUAGGUAUAAAAAUACAGAAUUUAAAGAUCAUUCUGUGGAUGUGAAAGAAAUCGGUACUUACUUAAAUAGAAGUGAAAACAUGAAAGAAAUGAGAAAAGAAGGUUUGUGGAGUAAUAAUCAUCGUGCUCCAAUAACUAAACACUCAGAUUUCACUCUGCAUAGGGUAAAUGAUGGGGACGUUGCAUCUAAAAAUGGAAUUAAGUCUUUUUCCAAUGCUUUGGAGUUUCUGGAUAUGACAGGAACUUCAGGAAGAAAAUUGGAAAUUUUGAGGGCUGUUACAGAAAUACCGACCCAGUUUAGAAGUAUUUUUAAGGAGUUCCCAUAUUUUAACUAUGCACAGUCUAAAGCUUUGGAUGAUCUUCUUUAUACGGAUAGGAAUUUUGUGAUUUGUGCUCCAACUGGUUCUGGAAAAACUGUGAUGUUUGAGCUAGCUAUUACCAGAUUACUCAUGGAAGCCCCACUGCCUUGGUUAAAUAUUAAAGUUGUUUACAUGGCUCCAAUAAAAGCUCUAUGCAGUCAGCGUUUUGAUGAUUGGAAAGAAAAAUUUGGACCUGUAGGCCUCAGCUGCAAGGAACUGACAGGAGAUACAGUGAUGGAUGAUUUAUUUGAAAUACAUCAUGCUCACAUUAUUAUCACUACACCUGAAAAAUGGGAUAGCAUGACUAGAAGAUGGAAAGACAACUCUAUAGUCCACCUUGUACGGCUGUUUCUCAUUGAUGAGGUGCAUGUUAUAAAGGAUGAAAGCCGUGGUGCAACAUUAGAAGUUGUAGUCAGUCGAAUGAAGACUGUUCAGUCAUCUCUUUGGCGUCUUUCAGAGAAUCAUGACACUGUUCCUCCCUUGAGAUUUGUAGCUGUUUCUGCAACAAUCCCAAACGCUGAAGAUAUUGCAGAAUGGCUUUCCGAUAGUAAGAUGCCUGCUGUAUGUCUGAAAAUAGAUGAGGAUCAACGACCAGUGAAGCUACGCAAAAUUGUGCUUGGUUUUCCUUGCAGUGACAAUCAGACAGAAUUCAAAUUUGACUUAACUCUUAACUACAAGAUCGCUAGUAUUAUACAAACAUACUCGGAACAAAAACCAGCACUUGUGUUUUGUGCCACAAGAAAAGGAGUACAGCAGGCCGCUUCUGUUCUUGCAAAAGAUGCAAAAUUUCUGCUGAGUAUAGAACAGAAACAGAGAUUACAGAGGUCGGCAAAUUCAUUGAAAGAUUCCAAACUGAGAGAUCUUUUAAUGUAUGGUGUGGCUUAUCAUCAUGCGGGUAUGGAGAUAUCUGACAGAAAAAUAAUUGAAGGAGCUUUUACUGUUGGAGACUUACCAGUACUUUUUACUACUAGCACCUUAGCUAUGGGAGUCAAUCUACCUGCACAUCUGGUGGUUAUAAAAUCCACAAUGCACUAUGUUGGAGGAGUGUUCCAAGAGUACAGUGAAACUGAUAUUCUGCAAAUGAUUGGGAGAGCAGGAAGGCCUCAAGUAAGUUUUUCAUCUGGAUUGGAUAAAAUUGGAAUUGAAGCAAAAUUACAAGAACUGUGUUUGAAGAACCUAAAUGAUUUAUCAUCUUUUGAUUUGAUCAGGAUGGAUGAAGCAAAUAAUUUCAAACCAACAGAGACUGGAAGAUUAAUGGCAUGGUAUUAUAUUGCAUUUGAUACAGUGAAACAAUUUUUCACAAUUAAGGGAACAGAGACUUUAAAUGAAUUGAUUACAAUGAUCUCCAACUGCACAGAAUUUCUGGAUGUCAAGUUAAGAACAAACGAAAAGAAAAUACUGAACAGUUUGAAUAAAGACAAGGACAAAUUAACAAUCAGGUUUCCAAUGGAGGGGAAGAUAAAAACAAGAGAAAUGAAAAUAAACUGUCUUAUUCAGGCUCAGCUAGGAUGCAUACCUAUUCAAGACUUUACUUUGACACAAGAUACUGGGAGAAUAUUUAGAAAUGGCAUAAGAGUUACUAGAUGGUUAUCUGACUUUUUGGCAUCGUGCAAGAACAACUUUUCUGCUUUAUUAAACUCUUUGAUUUUAGCAAAGUGUUUCAGGUGCAAACUUUGGGAAAAUUCACUUCAUGUGUCUAAACAACUGGAAAAAAUUGGUGUAUCACUGUCAAACACUAUGGUAAAUGCUGGGCUGACAUCAUUUAAAAAAAUAGAAGACACAAAUGCAAGGGAACUUGAAUUGAUAUUAAACAGACAUCCUCCUUUUGGGAACCAGAUAAAAGAAUCUGUUUUACACCUUCCAAAAUAUGAACUUGACAUUGAACAGCUUCCAAAAUACAGUGAUACAUUGGCUGAAAUCCUAGUAAACAUCAAAUUAACAAACUAUGAGCAGCUACAGACAAAGAGAACAGCGACAGACUUUCACUAUGUUACAUUGGUGAUAGGAGAUGCUGACAACAAAGUCAUUUUUAAUCAGAAAAUUAUGGAUUCUGUGCUGCUGAAAACUGGAAAUUGGAUGAAGAAAAUAGAAGUGAAAAGAGCUCUUAAAUCAGAGGACAUUAGUAUAAAUUUAAUUAGUUCUGAUUAUGUCGGCCUUGAUGUACAGCAAGCCUAUACAGCCUUUUACUUAACACCAAAAACAGUGGGAAGUAAAGUGGCUACAAAUCAAAAACUGAAAGCUGACUCUUCAUUUGAUAUGCAUUAUGGCUCACCACAAAGUCUGCCAGCAGCAAAAGUAGAUACAGGAGGCAGAUCUAAACAUGAGAUUACUUACAAGAAAUACGGAAACAGAGAAUGCAACCAUCGCUGUAAAAAUAAGGAUGUGUGUGGGCAUGACUGCUGUAAAACUGGAGUACCUCCAAAUUCUGAGAUGAAUGGAGAUUCAAAAUUUUCUUUGUACUUAGCUGAUUUAAGGAGCAGGAACUCAAUUUCGUCUCUACCCCCAGUAAAACGAUUAAAGGUUCAUUUGAAUAGUCAGACGUUGAAUAGAUUUAUUUUAAUCUGUUAUGUAUUUGUAUAUAUUGUUUCCAGAGAUAAUUUUAGAACAAAUUACAAUAAUCUGCUUCUUUAGAUGCAGAUGUUAAAUCAAGCUCAAAAUGUGGAUCUCAAACAAUUUGGUUUUACACCUAAGACUUUGCUGACAUUGCCAAGGUCUAGCAAUAAAGAGUCCUCUUCAUCCCCUUCAGUGGACCAGGAAGAUAAUAGCUUAGGAGUAGCUCAGAAACAACUGCAAUCUUGGAAUUAUGGAAAGAGUAAUGCUUUGGAUGUGGACUUUGAACUGAGAGAUGACGUUUGGGAUGAUAUUGAUGAUGAGAAAUUAGUAUUUGCUAGCAAUUUUGCCAGUAGAGAAUUGGAUGAGUGUGAACCACUUUGCCAGUAUACAAGAAGCAAAGCCACAAAUGACAUUUCAAAAGAUUUGUGCAUAUUACAAGAUGUAACCAAUAUUCAGAACUCAGUUGUUUCUGUGGUUAACAGCACAUCAAAAGUGAAUUUAUCUGUACAGAGUGGAAAUAUAAAUAUGUUCAGUUUUCAAGAAAAAAAGCAUUCAAAUCCUUCACAAGAUCUGGAAAAUGUGCAGUGUUCUUCAAUCUCAAAAAUAAUCUCAGAUUCUUCCAAAUUCACUAGGAAAGAGGAUUUUUUUAUUUUCACAAAAGAAAAGGAAAAAGAAGUGGAUCCCAGAUAUCUUCUUGAUGAUGAAAUCAGUGAUGUCAAGCCCUUUCUUGGAAUAUUUGAUGGCAUUUUGUAAAACAUAUAAACAAAAUACACUGUAAGUGCUGAGGAAAAGAAAGU